AUGUAUAACUACAGCUUUUCUCAGGAUUAUAAUGAUAUCCCUCAUUCAGAUUGGAAUGAUCAUAAUUUUGAUUGUUCUGAUCAUUAUCUCAAUCCUGUAAUAGAUAAUUAAAUGUUGAUUUAAGUUGAAGAAAAUGAUACCAAUAGCAAAAACUAACUUAAUAUUACUAAUAAAACAAAGCAAUAAAAGAAAAAGUUAAAAUUUAAUUUCUCCAAAAGAAAAAAAAUAGAAUUGUAAAAUUAUAAUUAGAAGCAUCACUCUAUAAUAAAAAAAAGAAAUAAUAUAGAUACACCUAAUUCUCUAUUCCGUAAAGGAGGGUGUGAAUCAAAUGAGAUUCUAUCAUAAAAUACUGAUAUUUCCUCUAAAAUAACUACACUAAGCUCUAUAAAAUGGAAAUUUGAUUUUAUAGCAACUUUAAUCAAAUAAACAAAAUUAGAAAUGAUUUAACUUUAAAAAUAUCGAAAUGAUAAUCAAGAAUUGUGA